AUGGGGAAGCCGGCGAGGAAGGGAUGCGACUGCAGGCGCUUUCUGAAGAAUAACUGGCUGCUGCUCGCCACCCUGGCCGCAGUGGUGCUAGGGAUUGUCAUGGGACUCUUGGUUCGAGAAUACAGCAAGCUCUCUAAUCUAGAAAAAUUCUACUUCGCAUUUCCUGGAGAAAUUCUAAUGAGGAUGCUGAAACUCAUCAUUUUACCAUUAAUUGUAUCCAGCAUGAUUACAGGUGUUGCUUCACUGGAUUCCAACGUAUCUGGAAAAAUUGGUGUGCGUGCCGUCAUAUAUUAUUUCUGUACCACUUUCAUUGCUGUAAUUCUAGGUAUCGUGCUGGUGGUGAGCAUCAAGCCUGGUGUCACCCAGAAAGUGGAUGAAAUUAACAGGACAGGCAGCAGUCCUGAAGUCAGUACAGUGGAUGCCAUGUUAGACCUGCUCAGGAAUAUGUUCCCUGAGAACCUUGUCCAAGCCUGUUUUCAGCAGUAUAAAACCACGCGUGAAGAAGUGAAGCCUUCCAGUGAGCCAGGGACGAGCGCGCUGGGAGAGUCUGUCACAGCCCCUACGACAACUGUCAUUGCCACGAACAAAACAAAGGAAUACAAAGUUGUAGGCACAUAUUCAGAAGGCAUAAACGUCCUGGGCUUGAUUGUCUUUUGCCUCGUCUUUGGACUUGUCAUUGGAAAAAUGGGAGAAAAGGGUCAGAUUCUGGUGGAUUUCUUCAGCGCUCUAAGUGAUGCAACCAUGAAAAUCGUUCAGAUCAUUAUGUGUUACAUGCCACUUGGUAUUUUGUUCCUGAUUGCUGGGAAGAUCAUAGAAGUUGAAGACUGGGAAAUAUUCCGCAAGCUGGGCCUUUACGUGGUCACCGUUCUGAGUGGGCUUGCAAUCCACUCCAUUGUAAUCCUCCCACUGAUAUAUUUUAUAGUCGUACGGAAGAACCCUUUCCAAUUUGCCAUGGGAAUGGCCCAGGCUCUCCUGACAGCUGUCAUGAUCUCUUCCAGUUCUGCAACCCUGCCUGUCACUUUCCGCUGUGUUGAAGAAAAGAACCAGGUGGACAAGAGGAUCACCAGAUUUAUGUUGCCUGUUGGUGCUACAAUCAAUAUGGAUGGGACUGCACUCUAUGAAGCAGUGGCAGCUGUGUUUAUCGCACAGUUGAAUGACUUGGACUUGGACAUUGGGAAGGUCAUAACGAUCAGUAUGACGGCCACAGCUGCCAGCAUCGGAGCUGCCGGCGUUCCCCAAGCUGGCCUGGUGACCAUGGUGGUCGUGCUGAGUGCCGUGGGCCUGCCUGCUGAGGAUGUCACCCUGAUCAUUGCUGUCGACUGGCUUCUGGACCGGUUUAGGACCAUGGUAAACGUCCUCGGUGAUGCAUUCGGGACAGGCAUCGUGGAGAAACUCUCUAAGACAGAGCUGGAGCAGAUGGAUAUUUCGUCUGAAGUCAACAUUGUGAACCCCUUUGCCCUGGAAUCCACAAUACUUGACAAUGAAGACGCAGACACCAAGAAGUCCUAUGUCAACGGAGGCUUUGCGGUAGACAAGUCCGACACCAUCUCAUUCACCCAGACCUCACAGUUCUAGAGCCCCUGGCUUCGUAUGACUGGGAACAGUGAAGGACACCUCCAUGAGAGUCAUCUCUUAGCAGAGUCAGUCAUUAAAUAAGGAAGAGAGAAACACUAAUGGCCAGUUGUACAUUUGAUUUGAUAUACAGACCUCCAGAUUAUUUUCUAUAUUUGGAUUCACAGCUUUUGCUCUCUGGGUUCUGGGAUUCGGGGGUGGGAUAAGAAGAAGGAAAUUGAUGAAAAGGAAAAUGGUAUUAUCUGGAAUUUUAAAACUGAAUGAAAGAUAAAAGUUUGGAAGUGUAUAAAGUAGUAACUGUUGAAAUUAGGUAAUGGAUGUGGAAGAGAAAUUGCCUUCUUAUGCACAGACCAGCAUUUUGGUGUUUUAAAAAAUACUUACAUUGAUUACAAAUUUUUACUCAGACUUCCUAUUGGCAUGAAUUUCCUUUGAUCUCUCACAUUUUCAUAGAUUAUAAUACAUCCAAACAACCUCCCCUACCUCCCACUAAUGUGCCAAGUUGUCUAUUUUGAACUCAUCUCCAGCCAAUUUCAAAGAAACUGCUUUAAAAAAAAUGACCAGCACAGUUCUGCAAUAAGUAUUAAGAUGGGUAUUGGGUUUUGGGGGAAGGGAGGAGUGUUCUUUUUUCAAUGUACUGUAUUGGGACGCUGGUAACCAUUACCCCAGUGUUCAGUAUAGAGCUAGAUAUAUACAUAUAUAUAUAUACACAUACAUACAUAUGUGUGUAUAUAUGUGUGUAUAUAUAUAUAUAUAUGUGUAUAUGUAUAUAUUUAUUUUUUUUCAUAUAAUUUCCAGAGAUCAGAAUUGAACUGUCAAUGUGAAAUAGAGAGUUCUCCUUGUACUUGAAUAAUAACUACAAUUUCAGUCCAGAUCAUUUUGGGGCUUAUCAGAACUCCCUUUCAAAAGCAUCAAAAUGAGAAAUCAUACUGUUUGAUCAUUUCAUGUCUGUGUAUCAGCCCCAAAGCAGAGAUGUAUUAUGAUGAUACUCCAAGGUGGCGUAGUGAUUCAUUUAUAACUUCCAUAUUCUACUGCUGGGAGAGAAUCCAUAUUAGCUCUAUGUAAAAUUAUAUACAAAGGUGUCACUCACAUAGGCUGGAUUUUAUCCAACUGGAAGCCUUCAUUCUUCCAAGAUCAAUUAAACUCUCCUAAAAGUGAUGGUAUUUUGCCUUUUGUACCCAUCAGAACCCAAUCAACAGUGGCAAGCUACAGGCUAAGCUGUAUUUUAAUAUGGGUUUGAUGGUUUGAACAAGCCACAUUGGCCAGAAAAGCACUGUCCCUACCCUGGAUUCCUGCAGAGUAAAUCCCAUAAUAUGAGACACUGGUAUCAGUGGUUGAGGGAAUUCUUCCUUUGUAUGAAACAUGUAUCCUCCAGGGAGAAGUGUUCUAACUAAUAGUCUAGUAAUCUUGGUCCUGCUCAUUAAAAUCCAUCACCUGUCAUUCUCCUGCUAAUUUAUGAUGAUAGCUUAUUAAAGUCUGUGCUCCAGCUCUCACCUUGUAAAUAAUGUUUAACAUAAACUUGUAUUUACACUGAGAUCCAAAAUAGUUGUUUCUGCAGUAGUGAGUAGCCAGUUCAAGCCUGUGCUUUUAUAUUGAAGAAACCAGAAAAUGUGCCAAAGAUCAUGGAAAGGUAAAUAAAUGCUCAGUAUUGACCACCUCCACCUGAGAUGUAUGAGAAUGAUACUGAAUUGUCAUGUAAACACCAUAAAUAUGGAGCAGUGAGUCAGUGUGUUUUACAAUGCAAAUAUUGGUGGUGUUUAGAGGAAGUAAACCUGAAUAAAAAUGCAGUUCAAUCAAUAAUUUAUCUUAGGCUGAAUGGCAGAGCUGUUCGUGAACUGCAGGUUAUCCUUAUUUUGGAGUGAGUUUGUAACCAGCCUCUUAACAGACUGUGCUGUUACCUCAUAAAAAAGAACAAUGUUCCAUUUCAGUCUCAAUAAACAUUUCCGUCAUUCUUUCUUCCCUACCUUUUUCUUCCUUUAUC